AUGUUUUCUUUUUUUCUUGCUUUCAUUUUUCUUUCGUUUAUUCAUUUUUGUGUUCUUACUUUUUGUCUGUCAUUCUUUUUUAUUGUAUGUGAUUAUUCUUUUUUUCCAUUAUCUUGUUUUAGUUUUCCUUUCGUUUCUUUUCUUUCAAUUAUUCUUCUGUUUUUUAUUCUUAUUAUUUUAUUCUAUAUCAUAUUUAUUUGCUUUAUUUUAUUACUUUCGUUUUCCUUUCCUUAUUUCUCUUGCUUUUCUAUUCUUGUUCAUUCAUUUUCAUUUAUUAUUUUUUUCGCAUGUUCAAUUUCUCCUGUACUUCCUUUCUUCCCAUCUUUUUCGUUAUUUCUUUUUUUUUUUCUUCCUUCGUCUUUCAUUCGAUUUUUAUAUAUUGCCGCUUUCAUUUUUCAUGUAGUUUUCUUUUCCAUUGUUUUUAUUUUCGUUAAACUUUUCUUUAUUUGUGUUUUUCAUUGUUUAUUUCAUUUUCUUUUUUAUUAA